GCCAGCAAGAUACGGGCACACUGUUAAAGAAAAUAUUCGUGAAAAUUCUGCAUACGGAAAGAGGAAAAUUCCACCAACAGAAAGCCAACACAAACCAGAAAAAUGUCUUUAUUCGGAGCGUUGAUGGGCGAUUUCGACGACGAUCUUGGCCUAAUGAACAACCACAUGAACCACACUAUGAACGCGAUGAACAUGCAGAUGCGCUCGAUGAACCGCCUGAUGAACAGCUUCAUGCCCGAUCCCUUCAUGCAGGUCUCGCCCUUCGAUCAGGGUUUCCAGCAGAACGCCCUCAUGGAGCGUCCGCAGAUGCCGGCCAUGCCAGCCAUGGGACUCUUUGGCAUGCCCAUGAUGCCUAACUUCAAUCGCCUGUUGAACGCUGAUAUUGGUGCCAAUUCAGGCGCAUCCUUCUGCCAGAGCACCGUGAUGACCAUGUCCUCGGGUCCCGAUGGGCGUCCUCAGAUCUACCAGGCCAGCACUAGUACCAAAACAGGACCGGGAGGCGUUCGUGAGACCCGCAAGACGGUGCAGGACUCGCGCACUGGACUGAAGAAGAUGGCCAUUGGUCACCACAUUGGCGAACGAGCUCACAUUAUUGAGAAGGAGCAGGACAUGCGUUCGGGACAACUGGAGGAGAGGCAGGAGUUCAUCAAUUUAGAGGAGGAGGAAGCCGAGCAAUUUGACAGGGAGUUUACCUCGCGCGCUUCACGCGGAGCUGUGCAGUCAGGACAUCGUGGUGGUGGGAUGCAGGCCAUCAUGCCCGCCCGUCCAGCGGCUCACACCUCGACGUUGACCAUUGAACCGGUGGAGGACGACGACGAAGAUGAUGACUGUGUGAUCCAGGAGCAGCCGCCGGUUCGCUCCUCCGCGGGCCGCCAUUAUUCCACUGCGCCAACGGCACCGCAGAACAGUGGCAACAUUGCAACAGCAGCAGCAGCACCAACAUCCUCGCCAGCAAUCUACGAUACAAGCAACGGAAACAACAAUAACUACGUGAGCUCUCGUCGUUCGUAUCUGCGAAAUGGGCAUGGCCUGGCCACGCCGCGCCGCCCACUAAGGACACCCCCAUCCUCGCCGCUGGCCACGGUGUCCACUUCUCCAAGUAUACAUCCACAUCCCUAUGCCGCCCAUCCGAGGCGCCAACAGCGCGCGGUAAAGCAUCAUCACACGGAGGACGAAGCGGCCAGCUCCUCCAAGGCGGGCAAGCGCGGCAAGAAGCAGUAGUAGCAGCGUGAUCACCUCUAUGCCAACAUCUUCCAAACCGCACACUCAAAAACAAUGGGAAGCAAGCGUUGGGUUCUGUUCCAGAGCAUCUUUACGUUAUAGCAGAAGAACCAUUUCAAAUAUUUUUAACAAACACAUAAUUCUUUACUAGUUCUAUCAUAUGUCAUAUAUCCUGCGUGAGUCGCCCUCAGUUCAACACUGAAAAUUGUACAAGUUUAAGCUACUGUUGAUGCCCACGCAGGAUAUAGAUCAACUUGCUUACACUUACUUGAAACAAUUGUGACUAUUCAACGCCGAAAUCAUUACACUCUCACACCUAAUCAAAAAAAAUUCAAUGAAAGUAAUGGAAUAUAUUUGAAAUCGUAUUUAUAAGUUUGAAUUAUUUGAUUAAUUCUCAAGUUUCUAGAUUUUGUUAGCCACUAAGCUUUAAAUUAUGGAUGCCAGUUACCGUGCAUAUGAACACAAGCGAUUUGAAGGCUCCGAACGAUAGAAAACCACAAUUACCAAUUCCCCAAUACAUGUAAUUCGUAAGGCCUAAGUAAAUGUUGAUGUGAAUUUAAUUAAAUGGUAAUUACAUUAUAAUAGUAAA